GAAAGAUAUGCUAUACAAUUUUUUCUGUGCCUUGCAUUUUUCACUCAAGAAUAAGUCUUGGGCCUCUCGCCUCUGAAUUUUCUUUUCUUGUGAGAGUGCCAACAUGUUCUCUUACAUAUGAAUCUACUAAAUUUUCUACCUGCUUACUCUAAAAAAAAAAAAUAAGUCUUGGGCGUUUUCCUUUGUCAUAACAUAUGUUCUUUUCAACUGCUGUACAGUCUUCUGUGCUGUGGAGUCUCUGUAGCUUGUGGAGCUGUCCCCUUAUUGUGAACAUGGAGGUUAUUUCCAAUUUUCCUCUGUUGUGAACCUGUUCAUUCGCACCUCCCCAGCACAGUGUGAAUAUUCCUUAGAGCAGACGAAGCAGGGUUGCUGGGUUAAAGGGGGGGGGGCGCUCUCUGCUGCCCCUGAAGUGGUUAUGCCAGCUUACAUUCCCAUAUCUGAGAGCACCAUUUUAUUUCCUGAAACCUGAAUAACCUUGAUAUUAUCUUAAACUUAAAAAGUACUGAUCUGAUAAACAAGAGAACUUAUUUUACCAUCAUUUCCUUGAUUGCUUGAAUAUGUUUUCAUGCAUCUACUGUCCAUUUUUAGUAUUCUUGUGAAUUGCCUAUUUGUAUUCUUCUCAGGGGAAAAAAGUGGGUAACUCUGACUACAUCAAAAUUUAAAACUUGUUCACCUCAGGACACCAUCAUCAGAGUUAAAAAGACAAAUAACCAGCUAGAAGAAAAGCACUGCAACAUGUAUAGUAGGCUCAAGGUUACUAACUGCAAUGUACAAAGAAUGUCUACAAAUCAGUAAGAAAACGGCAAACAACCAGUAGAAAAUGGGCAAAGGGUCUGAACCCUUUCAAAUUAUACAGGGCCAGAAAAGAAAAGCCUCUUGCCCAAGAUCACACAUGCAGCAAAUAAUCAGUAAAGCUGUGUCUUGGGCCCAGGCCUCUCUACUAAACUCAGGCUUUUUCUACCACCUCAUUCUCACUCAGAUGGUGAAGAGGCAGAUGGCAUUCCCAUUUACUCAUCCAGCCUACAUCUAUUGAGCACCUGUCACGUUCCAUGGCCAGGAAUUAGGAGUGCCAAGUCUAGGGAAGAAGAAAGCAGUGAACUGAAUCAUGGAUGGGACAGAGGAUGCUGGGGAGGAAGGAGGGAGCAAGGGCUGCAGGAGCUAGGGUUGGGGGACACCCAGGCCCUGUCUCCUCCAUCCUGAUCAGCUUGUGCUCCAUCUCUUGCAGAGUCAGGGCUGGACUACUACCCACCUUCUCAGUACCUGCUGCCAGUGCUGGAGCAGGAUGGAGCUGAGAACCCCCAGGACAGCCCUGAUGGGCCCACUGACAGAUUCUCAAGGGAGGAGGUAGAGUGGCAGAUUUUCAGACUAUGAGAAGAGGAAGGAACAGAAGAUGCUGGAAAAACUGGAGUUUGAACGGCGCCUGGAACUCGGGCAGCGGGAGCAUGCUCAGCUCUUUCAGCAGAGCAAUAGUCAGAAGGACGAGAUCCUUCAAUCGGUCAAAGAGGAACAGUCCCGACUGGAGCAGGGCCUGAGUGAGCGCCAGCGUUACCUUGACGCUGAGCGCCAGCGGCUGCAGGAGCAGCUGAAGCAGACUGAGCAGAACAUCUCCACCAGGAUCCAGAAGCUCCUGGAGGAGAAUCAGCGACAAAAGAAAAAUUCGGAGAUUUUGAAGUCACUGGAAAAUGAGAGAAUAAGGAUGGAGCAGUUGAUGUCUAUAACCCAGGAGGAGACAGAGAACCUGCGACGACGUGAGAUUGCCUCCGCCAUGCAGCAGAUGCUGACCGAGAGCUACCAGCUCAUCCAGGUGGCCUAUGAGUCUCAGAGGCAGAACUUGGUCAAGCAGGCCUGUUCCAGCAUGGCCGAAAUGGAUGAGCGGUUUCAGCAGAUUCUGUCCUGGCAGCAGAUGGACCAGAAUAAAGCCAUCAGCCAGAUCCUGCAGGAGAGUGCGAUGCAGAAGGCUGCAUUUGAGGCUCUCCAGGUGAAGAAAGACCUGAUGCAUCGGCAGAUCAGGAACCAGAUUAAAUUAAUAGAAACUGAGUUAUUGCAGCUGACACAGCUGGAGUUAAAGAGGAAAUCCCUGGACACAGAGGCACUUCAGGAGAUGAUCUCGGAGCAGCGUUGGGCCCUCAGCUCCCUGCUGCAACAGCUGCUCAAAGAAAAGAAGCAGCGAGAGGAAGAACUCCGGGAAAUCCUGAUGGAGUUAGAAGCCAAAAGUGAAACCAAGCAGGAAAAUUACUGGCUGAUUCAGUACCAACGGCUUUUGAACCAGAAACCCUUGUCCUUGAAGCUGCAAGAAGAAGGCCUGGAGCGCCAGCUGGUGGCCCUCCUAGUGGAGCUGUCGGCCGAGCACUACCUGCCUGUCUUUGCCCACCACCGCAUCUCGCUGGACACGCUGAGCCGGAUGAGCCCCGAGGACCUGGCCAAGGUGGGCAUCUCAGAAACUGGCCUGCAGCAUGAGAUCCUACACAGAGUCCAGGAGCUGCUGGACGUGGCCAGGAUCCCAGAACUAAAACCACCUAAGGGUGAGGUCCUCAGGCCUCCGGAGCCUCCCACUGCUCCCCAGGAGCCUCCUGAGUUGGUGAGGCCAUCGGCGCCUCCUGCAGAACUGGAGGCGCAGAUCUCGGAAUGCGUCGUGUGCCUGGAACGGGAGGCACAGAUGAUCUUCCUCAACUGCGGCCACGUCUGCUGCUGCCAGGAGUGCUGCCAGCCGCUGCGCACGUGCCCUCUGUGCCGCCAGGAGGUCACCCAGCGCCUCCGGAUCUACCACAGCGGCUGAGCGCCAGCCACCCAGCCCAGGCCAGCCCCUCUGGCCCUGCCCCUACCACGGGCAGACCCAGGGCUCCAGCUCACCCCCACCCCCUGCUCUAGCCGGAUAAGUCUGAGGCUUCCCUCCCUCUGCCCUGGCCCCUGGCCCCACAGCCCAGGGUGGGGAGAAAACUUUGAUCUCCAAGCACGCCUGGGCUGGGGUGGGAAAGUUCCUGAUCAAUGCUAGACCUGAUCCAAAUACUGUGCACAAAGGGAAAAGGGCUGGCUCUGCUUCGAACAGGGUCCCUCUCAGCCCGGGGCCAGGCCUGGGGGACGGAGAAGCAGCUGUGCCACCGCCUGAGCAAGGGAAUGAGCGUGCUGGCCAUCGUGGCUCGACCACUGCCUAGCUGUCUGGUCGUGGGCAGGUCACGCAGUCCAGGAGCCUCAGUGUCCUCACCUGUAAAGUACAGACUGUGUGGUGGGAGUGAGGAGUGUCCUGGCUGAGGAUGGGGAAGGCCACAGGCUAUGGGGGCUGUCCUCUCACUGGCCAGCCAGAGUGUGUCCAGAGCAGGCCUUGUGCCCACAAGCAAAGGCAGUUCCUCCUCGCCUCCCUCUCUACUCCUGAACCCUUUGGGGCCCCUCCUUCCUCUCCAGAUCUGCACCUCCUCGCAUCCCAUGCAGCUUCAGGGCAGACAAUGAGCUUUGCAGACCCAAAGCAGUCAAUAAAUCCACUUCCAGCAUCCCGAGUGAUCACUGGGUCCUCAU